UUCGCUCCCGGUGACCGAGUUCUUUUACGGCACACCAACAAUCCAGAAAAAGUGUACCUGACGCAGCCGCUGGCAGCACACAAGUCCGCGGAAUCGCACCACGGCUCGAUCCCGCACACGGACAUCAUCGGCCGCGGCCCGCGCGACAUUCUCGCUACGCGCCGCGGAACGGAGUUUCGCCUCACCUGGCCGACCCUUGAUCAGUAUGUUACCAGAGUCCCGAGAAUUGUGACGCCGGUUUAUCCGUUGGACGCGGCGACGAUCGCGAGUUUGCUGGAUGUGCAUGUGGACGGCGGGGCGCUAGCGGAGGGCAGCGCGCCGCUGGAGAUCUUCGAGGCCGGCACCGGCCACGGAAGCUUAACGCUCGCGCUGGCACGCACCGACAAGGCGCGCCGCGGGGCGGUGGUGCACUCGCUCGACAUUUCGGCGAAGCACUCGGCGCAUGCCCGUGAUGUCGUUAAGGGGUUUCGCCGCGGGAUGUACAUGGACGAUAUCGAGUUCUAUGUUGGUGAUCCGAGCGUGUGGAUACGCCAGCAAAUGAAAGAGCGCGGGUUGGAAGCGAGGGAUGGCGAGGGGGAGGCUGAGGGGUUCCUCUAUGCCGUGCUACUGGACUUGCCCGGACAUGACGACCACCUGGCUGCUGCGGCAGAGGCGACGCUGACGGAUGGGAUUGUCGGCGUGUUUUGUCCGAGUAUAACGCAGGUGGCCGCGUGCUUGAAGAUGGUGAAGACACAGAGGCUGCCGCUGGUGCUCAGUCAGGUGCUUGAAUUCCCUGGUGGGGCUGGCACGGGUGCCGGGCUGAGGAGCUGGGAUGUUAGGUAUGCCCGUGUCAGGUCGAGGUCGGAUAAGAAGUUGAGCAUUUCAGAGGCGGAGAAUAAGGAUGAUGCCGGAGCAGUGGGUGAGGGGGAGGAAGGCAGAGAGUCGGAGUAUGAGAUGGUUUGUAGACCUACAAGCUUUGAGAGAGUUAUUGGAGGUGGGUUCUUUGGGAUUUUUAGGAGGAAGGCG